AUCACAUCUGUCCAGUAUCAUUUUAUUUAGAAAUUGAAGCUCAGGCAACAAAAAUACUACUUUCAUUGAAGAACUGAAGCAUUUCACUCUGACCAAGAAAUGGAUAACUGGAAGAUCCAGCUUGUUGUUGUGACAUUUUGUGCUUUGGUGCAAACCUAUGAGGCACUGUCUUCCAGUGUGGAAGAGGAGAGAGGGUUAUCUAAAGACUGGCAGGAUGAGUCAGUGGAGGCAGAUCUGACACAUCCGCUGGCCAGUCUGAUUAAAAGAUCUAAAGCGCUUCGUUUCUAUGGACUCAUGGGGAAACGCUCAGAAAAAAAGAAACCCUUUCAAGUAAACAGACGAAAUAAAGGAGAGGUGUUUGUGGGCCUGAUGGGAAGAAGCAUUUCCAGCGGUGAAUCUUUAACCAGAAUUAAACCAUCUGCAACAACCACUGCAAUUGAUGUUUCAGAGAAACCACUCAAGCAAGGUUCAUCAGUGGAAUGGGUCCAAAUCCUGUAUUGA